CUCCCUGCAGGUGCCCGUGUCUGUCUCUCCCUUGAGGCACCCAUCUCUCCCUGCAGUCACCCCAAGAGAGGCUUGUGCCCAUAUCCCCCAUCAUCUGGUGUUCUCUGCCGCCCCCCAGCCAUGGCCUUUGGAGACCUCCUGGAGAAGGUGGGCAGUGCAGGUCCCUUCCAGCUCCUCUGUGUUCUGCUGCUCACCGCGCCUGCCCUUCUCAUUGCCAGCCACAACCUGGUGCAGAACUUCAGUGCCGCCUCCCCUGAGCGCCAGUGCCGCCCUCCGCCACCAGGCACCAAUGCCAGCUGGGUGGGCAACACCACUGCAGCUCGUGGGGGGCUCUCCCUGGUCCCGAGCCCAGAACAGUGCUGUCGCUUGGUGGGCACCCAUGGGCAGCAUCCAAGAUCCAACAGUUCGCUGGGCAGGGCAGGCGAGACAGAACCCUGCCGGGACGGAUGGUACUACGACCGCAGCACCUUCUCCUCCACCAUCGUCACUGAGUGGGAUCUGGUGUGUGAUCUGGGCCCCCUCCCGGCGCUGGCGCAGACGCUGUUCAUGGCAGGGGUGCUGCUUGGAGCCCUCCUUUUUGGAGUCUUCUCGGACAGGUUUGGGCGACGGGUCAUCCUGCUGUGUUCUCUGCUGUUGAUGGCUGUCAUGGGAACUGGGGCUGCCUUGUCCUCAGACUUCCUCACCUACUGCGCCUUCCGCCUGCUGAGUGGGGUUGGUCUGUCUGGCUUCCUCCUCAACUACAUCUGCCUCAGUCUGGAAUGGGUCCCCACCAAGUCCCGUGCCCUGGUGGUGACAUGGCUGAGUUACUGCAGCACGGCAGGCCAGGUGGUGCUGGCUGGCCUGGCCUACAGCAUCCGGGACUGGCGCUGGCUGCAGCUGGCCAUUUCCACCCCCUUCUUCAUCUUCUUCCUCUGCGCCUGGUGGAUCCCAGAGUCCGCACGCUGGCUCAUCAUUAACCACAGGCAUGCGAUGGCGCUGAGCAACCUGCAACGGGUGGCCCGGAUCAACCGGAAGCAGCUGGGUGGGGACAGCAUCUCCCUGGAGAUGUUGGAGAAGGUGGGGGGCAGCCCCACUAGGAAAAGCACCUGCUCCUGCCUGGGCCUCUUCCGCACGCCGGCCAUGAGACGCAUCUCCUGCUGCCUCAUGAGUGUCAGCUUCUCCACCAACCUGGCCUACUUUGGGCUCUCCAUGGACCUGUCAGCCUUUGGCCUGGACAUCUUCCUGGUGCAGACAUUCUUCGGGGCCAUUGACAUCCUGGCCAAGAUGGCCUGUGCCCUGGCCCUGAGCUACUUUGGACGCCGAGCCAUCCAGGCCAGUUCCCUCAUCCUGGCCGGCAUCUUUCUCCUGGGGAACAUCCCUGUGCCCAGAGAGAUGCUGAUGGUGCGACUGGCUCUGGUAGUGCUGGGAAAAGGAUGCCUGGCUGCCUCCUCUGUCUGCUCCUACCUGUAUGGGGGAGAGCUCUUCCCAACUGCUGUCAGGCAGACAGGCACUGGCUUCACCACCGUGAUGGCUCGUCUGGGCGGCAUGGUGGCCCCGGUGGUGCUGGUGGCCGGGCAGCAAUUUCCCUUCUUGCCGCUGGUGAUAUUCGGGGUGGCUCCCAUCGUGUCCGGCAUCGCCGCCUGCUUCCUGCCAGAGAUGCACAACGUCCCCCUGCUGGACACCAUAGAAGAGGUGGAGGACAGAGCCAGGAGGAAAGGCGAGGAGGCGAUCGCCGGGGAGACCAUGGCUCACAUUGUCCACUCAACCAGGACUGACUGCUAUACGAGUCAGGGGCGCUGGAGAAGAAGAGCAACCAGGCAGUCAGGAAGAGGUUUCCUCACAGCCUCCAUGCCCCCUCGUGUCCAAUCGGAGAAGGAGCAACGUAUGGGCUUCUUCCAAACCAUCCUUGUCAUCCUGGUCUUCCUCCCUCUCCUCAUGGUGGCCUCCCAUAAUUUCCUGCAGAACUUCACAGCUGCUGUCCCCAGGCAUUGGUGCUACAUUCCGGCGGGAGACAAUGACACCACAGAGGUGACUGGAGACCUGCUGAAGAUCUACAUUCCUAUGGAUGGCAACCAGGAGCCAGACAGGUGCCUGCGGUUCAGCACCCCACAGUGGCAGCUUCUGGCCCCCAAUGGCACCAGCACCAAUGCCACUGAGCCCUGCCUGGAUGGGUGGACGUACGACAGGAGUGUCUUCAACUCCACCAUCAUCACGGAGUGGCACCUGGUCUGUGGCCAGCGCGCUCUCAAGGAUUUUGCCCAGUCCAUCUACAUGGCGGGGGUGCUGGUGGGAGCACUGGUCUACGGGGGCCUGGCGGAUAGACUAGGGCGCCGGGCAAUGCUGCUCUGGUCCCUGCUGCAGGUGGGUGUGAUGGGCACCGGUGCUGCCUUCGCCCCCAACCUGGCAGCCUACUGCGCCUUCCGCUUCUUCAACGGCAUGGGUACCUCGGGCUCCAUCCUCAACGGCAGCAGCCUGACCCUGGAGUGGAUCCCAUCCCGGUUCCGGGCCAUGGUGUCCACCAUCCUCGCCUGCAGCCUGACGCUGGGCCAGCUGCUCCUGGCUGGACUGGCAUACGCCAUCCGUGACUGGCGCCAGCUGCAGCUGGCAUCCUCGGUGCCCUUCUUCCUCUUCUUCCUCUACAGCUGGUGGAUUCCAGAGUCCGUGCACUGGCUACUCAUCAACCACAGGCCUGAGAUGGCACUGAGGAACCUGCAACGGGUGGCCCGGAUCAACGGCGAGAAGCUGGAGGGGGAGGGCAUCUCCCUGGAGACACUGCGGCUGGAGAUGCAGCAGGAGGAAGAGAGCUCAGGGCCCUCCCAGUGCUCUGCCCUGGAGCUGUUCCGGACAGCGCCCAUGCGUGGAGUCACCGGCUGCCUCAUGCUGGCCUGGUUCUCCAACAGCUUCUCUUUCUACCACCUGGCCCUGGACCUACAGCGCUUCAGGGGCAUCAGCAUCUACCUGGUGCAGCUGAUCUUUGGCGCUGUGGACAUUCCCUUCCGCAUGCUGGUGGCCGUGGUCGUCAACCGCCUGGGGCGCCGGCUCACGCAGUCUGCCUGCCUGGUCCUGGGAGGACUCUUCAUCCUGGCCAGCAUCCCCGUGCCGCAUGACAUGGAGGUGUUGCUGAUUACCCUGACUGUCCUGGGAAAAGGGCUCUUCUCCUCCUCCAACAGCUGUUCCUACCUGUACACCAUUGAGCUCUACCCAACUGUCAUCAGGCAGACAGGGCUGGGGGUCACCAACAUGAUGGCCCGGCUGGGAGCGGUGGCAGCCCCCAUGAUGCAGAUGACCCAGGCCUUUGUCUCCUUCCUGCCCCUGCUCCUGUUCGGGGCAGUGCCCAUCACAGCUGGCAUCCUGGUCAAUUGCUUACCAGAGACCUUGGGGGUCCCACUAGCCAACACGAUGAAGCAGGUGGAGGACAGAGCAAGAAAGAAAAGGAGCAAGAAAGAGGAACUGAGGAAAGAAGCCAGGGGAACCAAGGAAACCAAAUUCUAAAUACAGGCUCUUGUGUCAGGCACUGGACUGGGACGCUGGAGACCUGACUUCAAAUCCUGGCUCCCUGUGUGAUUUGGGGCGUGUCACUUCAUUGCUUGGUUCUCAAUUUCCCCAUCUGUAAAGUGGGGCUAAUGAUGCUUCCCUGCCCCAUGGGGGUUAUGGGAAUAAAUCUAUUAAUGUGUGGGAGGCUCAGAUACUAGCAUGAUAGGCCCCACUCCCGAACUAGAUAGAUAUAGAACCAGACAACCAGCUUUUUAUCACAGAAGCAAAAUCUUGAAAGGGUCCUUUUUAUCUAGGAUUCUACAGCUUGGAUUUUUAGUUUUUUGGUGUUCGUUUGCCACAGGAUGAAGAGGGGAGACAUUUCUUCCCACUAGACUGACUGUAAACCCUUAGAGAGCUGGCAUAAUUAACUCUUUCUGGCACGUAUCCAAUACUACCGUGGAACUGACCUUCUUGCAGUGCUUUUCACAAUUGAUUUACACAUGGCUCAUCACAUGGCAAAUGCUGGAGCAGAAUUGGUAGAUUGGACUUUGAAUCAAUUUGCUUAGCACAUAUUAACGUGACAGUGUUUUAUUCUGUAUACUUAACCUUUCUCCAUAUCCACUAGCUGCAUGGAAAAUCCCCUUUGCUAGGAAGGGUUUUGACAUGGAAAGCCUUUUGUUUGACCUCUGUUGAAAUGCACCUAUUUAAUAUUGCUGCCCCUCAGCUCAUUGGUUUCCUAUCAGAGGAGAAGUAAGUGAGACAGAAUCAGUGGAUAUUUUCUUAGUGUAGCUUGUUUAUCCCCUGCGCUAUAUGCACCAGUCCUGGAACAGAGGUGGACACAAACAGCACUGCAGACAAUCCCUUCUUUCUGUAAACUCCACCCAAACACCCAUGCCCAGUUCCCUGGGAGCUGCUCUGCCCCCCAGAACUGAUGCGGUUUAAAAAGAUUAAAGCAAAGAGCAAAUUCU